CUUGUGUGUUCCGUGGGUGGCUGUUGUCAAGCUUGUGACCCCACCUUUCAAACCUCAGGUAACUUCAGACACAGACACCCGCUACUUCGAUGAAGUGUUCACGGGUGAGCCAGUCAACAUCACGCCUCCAGCAGGUGGGGCCCCUCAGCAAGCACUGAUGCCCAUUGCUGAAGAAAUGGAGACCUUGCCUUACUUUGAACAGUUCAGCUACCAUGGAAGUCGGGGCAGCCUGGCCAGCAGUAGGAUGAGCUUUGAGACAGCCUGGAACUUGUAG